CUGCACAAACCCACCAAAACUAAACUACCUUUCUUAUAUUAAAGUCUUUGUUUGCCAUCUCCUUUCAACCUCAAAAGCAUCAAAAUACAUUGUGAAGGAACAUCAGAACCGUGUUUCUCUUGUCCCCUUCUUCUCAUUUGGACUUUCUGUUUCUGUUUUUUAAAUGUGUGAAGGCUACUGACUGAUUCACUGGUUCUUAUGGCGAAUUUACCAAGAGGGGUUGUUUAUACCCUGCUGCUAUUUUCGUGGGUUUGUGCAGUCACAGCCACUGUGUCUUACGAUCACAAAGCCAUUCUUAUUAAUGGGCAGAGAAAAAUUUUGAUCUCAGGCUCCAUCCACUACCCAAGAAGCACACCUGAGAUGUGGCCAGACCUUGUUCAAAAGGCCAAAGAUGGAGGCAUAGAUGUUAUUGAAACCUAUGUGUUUUGGAAUGGACAUGAACCUUGGCCUGGAAAGUAUUAUUUCGAGGAUAGAUACGACCUGGUUAGGUUCAUCAAGGUGGUGCAGCAGGCUGGCCUCUAUCUUCAUCUCCGUAUUGGUCCCUACGUAUGUGCUGAGUGGAACUUUGGGGGGUUUCCUGUUUGGCUCAAGUUUGUUCCGGGUAUUUCUUUCAGAACAGACAAUGAACCCUUUAAGGCGGCAAUGAAAACUUUUACUGAGAAGAUUGUGUACAUGAUGAAGGCGGAGAAAUUGUUCCAGACUCAGGGAGGUCCAAUAAUUUUAUCACAGAUAGAAAACGAAUAUGGACCAGUGGAGUGGGAAAUUGGUGCUCCUGGAAAGGCUUAUACCCAAUGGGCUGCUCAAAUGGCUGUGGCAUUAGAUACCGGUGUCCCCUGGAUUAUGUGCAAGCAUGACCAUGUUCCGGAUCCUAUUAUUAACACCUGCAAUGGAUACUACUGUGAAAACUUCGUUCCUGACAAGGACUACAAACCCAAAAUGUGGACAGAGAACUGGACUGGCUGGUACACUGAGUUUGGUGGCCCGGUUCCUCGUAGAUCUGCAGAAGACACAGCCUUCUCAGUCGCAAGAUUUAUACAAAAUGGCGGUUCAUUAGUUAAUUACUACAUGUUCCAUGGAGGAACUAACUUUGAUCGGACAUCAGGUGGCCCCUUCAUUGCCACCAGCUAUGACUAUGAUGCUCUCCUUGAUGAAUACGGCCUUUUAAAUGAGCCAAAAUGGGGGCAUUUGAGGGACUUGCAUAAAGCAAUAAAGUCGUGUGAGUCAGCUUUAGUGUCUGUAGAUCCCUAUGUGACAUGGCCUGGUAAAAACCUUGAGGUACAUGAGUUCAAGACUCCUUCCACUUGUGCUGCAUUCCUAGCAAACUACGACACCAAAAAUUCCGCUACAAUUGCAUAUGGAAAUGGAAAAUAUGAACUACCAGCUUGGUCUGUCAGCGUCCUUCCUGAUUGCGCAACUGAAGUUUUCAACACUGCAAGAGUUGGUGCUCAAAGUUCUCCGCCGAAGAUGACUGGUCUGAACACUGGAUUUGUUUGGCAUUCAUACAAAGAAUGGCCGUUAGAGUCCACUGAAAAGGAUUCCUUUAUAGGAUAUGAACUCUGGGAGCAGAUUAAUGUCACCCGAGAUUCUACAGAUUAUUUGUGGUAUAUGACAGAUGUCUACAUUGAUGCAAAUGAAGGUUUUUUGAAGAAAGGAGAAUCUCCCUAUCUUAACGUGAUGUCAGCUGGCCAUGCUAUGGUUGUUUUCGUUAAUGGAGAAUAUUCAGGUGUUGCGUAUGGGUCAUUGGAGGUCCCUAAAUUUACAUUUGGUGGCAAAGUUAAGAUGUGGGCUGGCAAUAAUAAGAUAUCUUUACUAAGUGCUACUGUUGGUCUCGCGAAUGUUGGGUUACACUAUGAGACAUGGAAAGCUGGGGUGUCAGGGCCAGUCACACUUAGUGGUCUAAACGAGGGGACUAGAGAUUUGUCUAAACAAAAAUGGUCUUACAAGGUUGGUCUCAAGGGAGAAGACUUAUACAUAUACAGUGUUAAUGGGGAAAAAUCUGUUCAAUGGACACGAGGAAAUGCAUUGAUUAGAAAACAUUGUUUGACAUGGUACAAGACACGUUUUAACGCACCAGAAGGCAAUGAUCCAUUGGCUCUGGACAUGUAUACCAUGGGAAAGGGCCAAGUAUGGAUAAAUGGUAGAAGCAUUGGACGCCAUUGGCCUGCAAAUAAAGCACGCGGUGGUUGUGGGGAUUGUUACUACGCUGGAACUUACAAUGAGAAAAAAUGUCUCACAAACUGUGGGGAGCCCUCCCAGAGAUGGUACCAUGUUCCUCGGUCGUGGCUGUACCCAACUGGGAACUAUCUGGUUGUGUUUGAAGAAUGGGGAGGAGACCCUUUUGGAAUUACUUUGAUGAAAAGAACAGUAGAAAGUGGUGUUUGUGCUGAAGGAUCAAGUCCUAAAUUGGCCUGUGGCAAAGUAUGAAGCUCGAAUGACACGUAUCGGACACACGCAGGAUACUCAUACGAUACACUAUCAAUAAAGUGUCUAAUUUGAAGGACAUUUUUUUGUCUUGACAUAAUUUUGACAUGUCUCCAAUACAAUGCUAAUAACCACAAAUUCAAUAAACUUGUAAACUUAUUAUAUAAGUUUAUGAAAGAAGUCGGAACUCAUACAAGAAGAACUUGAAGAGAAAUCAAGGCAAUUUAAAGAUAUAAGAACAUAUUUCUAACUAGUUCGUGAUGAUCCAAGGACCUGAAAAUUCAAAGAGUUCCAUUAUUUAUAGAUUCAGAUUCUGUUUUUAGAUUUAUUGGACCUAUGUAUGUAAUUAGGCUUAUUUUUAUCUUUUGAACAUUAAAGAGUCUACUUAUACAUAGGCCUACAACGAAUGUAAUUACUUUUAGUCAUAUUUAUCAAAGAUUGAGAUUUUUGUGGCGAA